UUUAAUUCAUUGAGCUCAAAGCUUAGCAGCUUCAAUGUUGUUGUUAGGCAUAAACAGCUUGCAAAUUUCAAUUUUUUUUCUCUCCUCACUUUUGAACUAGAUUUGGGCAAUGGAGGUGAUGACAGCAUUUUAGAAGACAGAACAGGAAUUCUAGGUGUUUAGGCAUGUUGAAGAGAAACUUGCUAGAGGUGAUGAAGUGGAAAGAAAGAGACGACUCACUAUAGGGAUGAACAUUAUUGCAGUUCUGCAAAGGAUAUUUUCUUUUAAAACAUCCAUAUCUCUUUUUUGCCAUGGAAACUACACCCAAUCUACCUGAACCUGCGGCACCCCUCUGAUGACCCAUUUGGAUUCUCUGAUUUCACUGCCAAAAUUCUCAGUUCUCCAAAGUACUUACUAUUCAAGUUGAAUAAACCAGUUCUACAGACUGCUUCUUCUGUGCAUUUCCCAAUGAUGCUAACUGCCCUUAAAAUUCUUUCAGAUUUGGAACUCUAUCUGUAUGGAAACAACAGAGUUUUCUUGAAGUACAACUAAGGACAGGACACCACUAGGCACUAACAUCGCUGACUUGCAUGAUUAUGGAGAUGGUCUAUCUGAUGCUGAAAAUGUCUCUAGUUUUUUGACAACGGCUAAAUAACCAUGGGAUCAAGUGGCCUUGGGAAAGCAGCAACAUUAGAUGAACUACUGCGCACUUGCAUUGAGAUGUUUGAUGACAAUGGAGAGCUGGAUAAUAGUUACUUGCCAAGAAUAGUUCUACUGAUGCACCGAUGGUAUUUAUCUUCCACUGAAUUGGCAGAAAAACUUCUCUGCAUAUAUCUUUUCAACUACUGUGUAAUUUUUACAAUCAUAAAUCAAGCUCUGUAUUUAGAUAGAGUGUCUAUCCAAAGCCAGUAAAUUAAGAUGAAUAAACAGUCUUUGGUUAUCCAGCUGUUUUGUGAAUAUAUGUAGAUGUCUAGACGAAAUACAUCUGGAUGAUAGACCAGAUAGUUGACUCUCCAUCUGGAUGUUUUGGCUGUACUUGAAAAUAAUCACUAAGAUGUAAAAUGAAGCAGGAACUGUAGGCUGGAUGUUUCUAACUUGUCUUAAACAUUUCUGUUAUUAGAACAAUGAGAGAAUAUUUAACAAUGAUUCAAGACCAAAUUUGUUUCUUCUGGGAUGACAAAAUGGUGGGCACAGAGGAUGCAGCUUAAUCAUAUGGAAAUACAGCCAAAAUAAUAUGCUCUCACUUGAGCACAAACAUCAAUUUAGUUUUCACAUCUCCCCUUGCUGCCAAGACACAAUGAACAUUCUAGCAGACUUAUUAUAAUUUGUUGACUGAUACUAAUUUUAGAUUUUCUUCUGAAAUGAAAACAGAAAAAUCCCACAUGGUUAGAAACACCAUUCCAUAAUGAAGGCUUUUAGCAGUCUACCAGUUCUCUACAUAAUGCAGUCCAGAAAAGUGGUUGAAAGCCAAAUGCCUGAAAAUGCAGUCUCCCAUUUGUAAAAGGUUCUAUUCUCUGAGAGCCAAUGCUUAUUAUACAAUCUCUAAUGUCCGUGCCUGCAGUUCUGCCUUCUUCAAGCCCAUGAGGCUCUGGAGAUGAGUGAGAACCCCUACAGGGAGGGGGAGCCUUAGAGAGAGAGGCGCAGCCUUAGAGGGAGAGGCACCAUCGAGUGUUAUUAGGGCCUGCCAAGGCCUCUGGAGCCAGUAGGGUGUCCGCCUGUUCAGUUCAGGCUUCCUCCACUUUCUACUUCUGCUCUUCAUCCUCCUCACAACCUCAGAGCAGAAAAAGAUAUUAGAGAGUCUAUAAGGUCCGUGGAAGUGAGCAAGAUCCUAGCUCCCAGUGGUCCAAGGGUCAUAUGAGUCCACUGUUGAAGUUUAGAACAUAGGUAAGGAUGGAAGGCAUUGACUCAGUCUGGCCAUAUUCCUGACAAUCUAGACAUUGUCCAAAGAAUGUACCCACCAACAGCAUUCUCACCCUUAGCAUGGCCACCAAUGCAUGAGACACAAAUAAAAAGGGAUAUUUAGGCAUAGUAACGUUUAAUGUGGAAAGUUGAAGACUGCCUGUGAAUCGACAUUUCUAUAAACUUUCCUCCCUUUGGAUUCCUUGAUCAUGCUAUAUCCACAGUGCCUGGCAUAUACACAAGCUCAAUAAAUAUUUAUUAAAAAGAAUAUGAAUAAAUACAAGUAAAUAAUACAACUUAAGUAUUAAUACACCUGAAAAUGACAUUUUCAAAUAUUAAAGAAGAAAUUAGAGUACCCAUACAGUUACACAUAGCAUAACGAUGGGGAUACAUUCUGAGAAAUUCAUCAUUCGAUGAUUUCAUUAUUGUGCAAACAUCAUGGAGUGUACUCACACAAACCUAGAUGCUGUAGCCUACUACACAUCUAGGCUAUAUGAUACAGCCUAUUGGUCCUGGACUACAAACCUGUACAGCAUGUUGCUGUACUGAAUUCUAUAGGCAAUUGUAACACAAUGGUGGGUAUUUGUGUAUCUAAACAUAGAAAAGGUGCAGUAAAAAUAUGGUAUAAAAGAUAAAAAGUGGUACACCUGUAUAGGAUGCUUAUCAUGAAUGGAGCUUGCAAGACUGGAAGCCGCUCAGGGUGAGUCAGUGAGUGAGUGGAGAGUGAUGUGAAGGCCUAGGACAUUAAUGUACAAUAUUGUAGACUUUAUAGAUACUAUACACUUAGGCUACACCAAAUUAUAAAAAUAUUUUCCUUUCUUCAAUAAUAAAUUAACCUUAGCUUACUGUAACUUUUAUACUUUAUAAACCUUUAAAAACUUUUUAAUCCUUUUGUAAUAACAUCUUAAAACACAAAUAUAUUGUACUGCUGUAAAAAAUAUUUUGUUUCUUAAUAUCUUUAUUCUACAAACUUACUCUAUUUAAAUUUUUUUUUACUUUUUAAACUUUUUUUGUUAAAAGCAAAGACACAAACACACGCAUUAGCCUAGGUUUAGGUUUACACAGACUCAGGAUCAUCAAUAUCACUGUCUUCCACCUCUACCUCUUGUUCCAUUGGAAGGUCUGCAGGGGCAGUAACAGGCAUGGAGCUGUCGUCUCCUAUGAUAACAAUCCCUUCUUCUGGAAUAGUUCCUGAAGAAACUGCUGAGGCUGUUUUACAGUUAACUUUUUAAUUUAUUUUUACAUAAGUAAAAGGAGUACUCCAAAAUUACAACAAAAAAUAGUAUAGUAAAUACAUAAACCAGUAACAGUCAUUUAUUCUCAUUAUAAAGUAUCAUAUACUGUACAUAACUGUAUACACUAGACUUUUAUAUGACUCACACAACAGCAGGUUUGUUUACACCACCAUCACUACAAACACAUGAGUAAUGCAUUGGGUUACAACAUUAUGCUGGCUACCACGUCACCAGGCAAUAGGAAUUUUUCAAUCCCACUAUAAUCUUAUUGGACCACUGUCAUAUAUGCAGUCCUUCAUUGACUGAAACGUCGUUAUGUGGUGCAUAACUGUAUAAGGCAUUAAUCCUAAAUACAAAAUCUUUUUGGUUAAAAUAGUGUUUCUUGGCCAGGCACCGUGGCUCACGCCUGUAAUCCCAGCACUUUGGGAGGCCGAGGUGGGCGGAUCACGAGGUCAGGAGAUCAAGACCAUCCUGGCUAACACGGUGAAACCCCGCCUCUACUAAAAAUACAAAAAAUUAGCCAGGCAUGGUGGUGGGUGCCUGUAAUCCCAGCUACUUGGGAGGCUGAGGCAGGAGAAUGGUGUGAACCCAGGAGGCAGAGCUUGCAGUGAGCUGAGAUCGCGCCACUGCACUCCAGCCUGGGCAACAGAGCGAGGCUCCAUCUCAAAAAAAUAUAGUGUUUCUCUGUACUAUCAAUUUUAAUUAUGUAUAGUUGCCAGUCUAUUUGUAAUUACAAUUGGCAGUUAUUGAUUAAUAAGUGUGGAGGAAGGCAAAACUAAUCCUGUAAGUGGCUUCUUCUUCAGACCAAAAAAAUGCAUUCCAGAGCUAUAAUAAAUCAAGUUUCAAUUGUUCAGCGUUGAAGUCAUGAGAGGCCACUUCUCUCCGUAUUUGAGUGUCUAUAUAACCCCAAAUGUCCCCAGCAUGGUCCUCUUAUUAGGAAUGGGUAUACAUUGAGGGCACAGCUGUGGGUGUGUGCAAAGGAAACAGGGUGCAAGGAUUUUUUUCUUUAACUGGUUUACGUAUCGAAAUGCCACUGGAGAAAGCUGCAAUGAAUUUCGAUUAAAGAUCUGCUACUUCAUGAGGUACUGGAUUCUGAAGUUUCCUGCAGAGUUUAAUUUGGAUCUUGGUUUGAUUCGUAUGACUGAGGAAUUUCGGGAAGUAGCUAGUCAACUAGGAUAUGAAAAACACGUCAGCCUCAUCGACAUAUCCAGCAUUCCUUCCUAUGACUGGAUGAGAAGAGUCACACAGAGGAAAAAAGUAUCCAAGAAGGGAAAAGCCUGUCUGCUGUUUGACCAUCUGGAGCCCAUUGAAUUGGCUGAGCACCUCACUUUUCUGGAGCAUAAAUCUUUUAGAAGGAUCUCGUUCACUGAUUACCAAAGCUAUGUCAUCCAUGGCUGCCUAGAGAAUAAUCCAACCUUGGAAAGAUCGAUUGCUUUAUUUAAUGGAAUCUCUAAGUGGGUCCAGUUGAUGGUUCUUAGCAAACCAACCCCCCAGCAAAGGGCAGAAGUCAUCACAAAGUUUAUCAAUGUUGCAAAGAAGCUCCUUCAGCUCAAAAAUUUUAACACCCUGAUGGCAGUGGUGGGAGGCCUCAGUCAUAGUUCCAUUUCACGCCUCAAAGAGACCCAUUCUCAUCUUUCUUCAGAAGUUACAAAGAACUGGAAUGAAAUGACAGAGUUGGUCUCCUCCAACGGCAAUUACUGCAAUUACCGCAAGGCCUUUGCCGACUGCGAUGGCUUCAAAAUCCCCAUCCUUGGAGUACACUUGAAAGACUUGAUAGCAGUCCAUGUCAUUUUCCCAGACUGGACAGAGGAGAAUAAAGUGAACAUUGUGAAAAUGCACCAGCUCUCCGUUACCCUGAGUGAACUAGUCUCCCUGCAGAAUGCCUCUCACCACUUAGAACCCAACAUGGAUUUGAUCAACCUGCUCACGCUUUCCCUGGACCUCUAUCACACUGAAGAUGAUAUUUACAAACUGUCACUGGUGCUGGAGCCUAGAAAUCCUAAAUCGCAGCCUACCUCCCCUACGACACCCAACAAGCCUGUGGUGCCCCUGGAGUGGGCAUUAGGGGUGAUGCCAAAGCCAGACCCCACGGUCAUCAACAAGCACAUAAGGAAAUUAGUGGAGUCUGUAUUUAGAAACUAUGAUCACGACCAUGAUGGGUACAUUUCCCAAGAGGACUUUGAAAGUAUAGCUGCCAAUUUUCCCUUCUUGGAUUCCUUCUGUGUUCUGGACAAAGAUCAGGAUGGCCUAAUUAGUAAAGAUGAAAUGAUGGCUUACUUCCUGAGAGCUAAAUCCCAACUACACUGUAAAAUGGGACCAGGAUUUAUCCAUAAUUUUCAGGAGAUGACCUAUCUCAAGCCAACGUUCUGUGAACACUGUGCGGGAUUUCUCUGGGGCAUAAUCAAGCAAGGAUACAAAUGCAAAGACUGUGGAGCCAAUUGUCACAAACAGUGCAAAGACCUCCUGGUUCUGGCCUGCAGGAGAUUUGCCCGGGCGCCCUCCUUGAGCAGUGGCCAUGGGUCACUGCCUGGAAGCCCCUCGCUGCCCCCAGCGCAGGAUGAGGUGUUUGAGUUCCCUGGAGUCACUGCUGGACACAGAGAUUUAGACAGCAGAGCCAUAACACUGGUUACAGGCUCUUCUCGCAAGAUCUCUGUGAGGCUACAGAGGGCCACCACCAGCCAGGCCACCCAGACUGAACCUGUCUGGUCAGAGGCUGGCUGGGGGGACUCGGGGUCCCACACCUUCCCUAAAAUGAAAUCCAAGUUCCAUGACAAAGCAGCAAAGGACAAAGGCUUUGCCAAAUGGGAAAAUGAGAAGCCCAGGGUGCAUGCUGGUGUGGAUGUUGUAGACCGGGGCACGGAGUUUGAACCUGACCAGGAUGAAGGAGAAGAGACCAGACAGGAUGUUGAGGACGGCUGACUUCAGGCUGCGGAAACUGAAGGCAAUAAUGUUGGCUUUCGGAAGGGGCAAGACGAGAAACUCUGAAGAAAGCUCUGACUCUCAGGAAGUUAUCUGGAAAGAUACCUGGAUGUUUACCGCCUUGGGACACUGUGGGAUCUCCAUGUUUGGACUAUGGGACGGAGAAUUGACCCUAACUAUGAACUAUUUAUUUCCUCCUCUCCUACCCCUAGUUAAGUGCCACAAAGACUGUGUUAUGUAGUCAGUACUUUUCUCAUGUAUCUUUCUCUAGACCAUUUAUAUACGGGUGAAAUGAAAGCUUUUUUGCAUGUACUUGAUACUCAUUCUGUAAACUCAGACUUCACUUUUUUUGUGAGAAUAUCCUUUCAAUAUUUUUAUAAACUUUUGUGUGUGCUGUGGCAGGGAACAGUUAACAAGGAGUUUAUUUAGAGGGUUUUUUUCAUUUUUUGUUUUGUUUUUCUUGGUGUGCUUUUUGGAUGGGACCAGGACUUAACAUUUUCCUGAGGACAAGGAAGCUCAUCAGACACUGGAAUGCAGUGAUUCUUCUAAUGAUGGUCAGCUGCAAGGAGAAGCUGUUUACAUCGUUCCCACUAUACAGUUGCUAUGAUAUGUAACAAGUCACACAUGUAUAUAUCACACAAGUCUUACCAAUUCUGCGUCACUAGGAAGCUAUAGCAUGGUCGUGAAAGCUCUCCUAAUACUUACAAUAGCCAUGGAAGAAAAUUAUGCUUGUCCCUUCUGACUGGGUUAAGCCAUCUUUCUUAAGAUUCCUGAAGUAGAAAUAGCAAUUAAGAAAUUAAUUCAAGGUUUGAAGGUUAACAUUUAGCAGAAAAACAAACCAUUGAAUAAGCUACUAGGUGAAACGCAAAACAACCACCAAUUUUUUAAAACUCAAGAAUUUUGCGAAAAAAAAAAACCAACCAAACUUUCUGCUGUAAAAGAGAACCCUUGUUCUCUUCCUAAGAAACUGCCUUCCACAAUGAAAGAAUAUUCAUAGAAAGAAAAUAAUCAUAAAUCAUAUUUGAUUAACAUUUAAGCUUUUAAAAUAUCAAUCUUUUAAAUAGCUCCCAUUUACCUAAAAUAACUAGUUAUGGGUCUAUUUCUUCCAUGAUUAGAGGAGAGAGAACUUGAUUCAAGAUACUGAAAAACAGAGAUGGGACUGAACCUGUGAAUGACAGGAAUGAUCUGUUAUCAGGUGACUAGUCGGAAACUACACAGAGGUGCACUGGUCUGCAUUUGAGGGCUAAAAUGUAUAUAUUCCAUUUAAAUGGAAUUUGUUUGUAUUUGGGGCAGUUUUCAGUAAAGCCUUUCUGCUUUCUUUUCUCCAUUGAGGACAGUUCUGCGCAGCAAAAUUGUUGAGUACCUGUUCUGGGCAGGUCCCAUGCUAUAUGCACAAAGUUAAGAAAAACUUGGUCUUGGCCCUUGGGAGCUGACAGCCCAUGGGCAUUAAGGCAAAGUGGUUCUAGUGAUUUAAAAUAUGGUUCCAAAUAUGUUAAAACCAACUUGUGCCAACCAGAUUUACAGAUGGAAAUACUGCAGAUGAAGUGAAGUUAUCAGUUGAGGGAGCUGUGAUUAAGCUGGAUAAUAAGAGAAUGCGCCAUCUGUAAAGCACUCAGAAGGCAGCCAUCCCUAGAUGUUGGUUUCAUGUAUAUUACACUAUCUACUACUACCCAUAAAUGCAAUGAUAUGCAUGUUAACAACAUUAAAAACAGAAAACAUCAAUCUAAGUACAGAAAAGCUUUUUUGUGUGUUUAAAAAAAUUGAAGAAAAUUCAGGAAGAAACGUGUUAAUAAACAUUGUACUGUUCUUUUGCUUCUCAAAGGAAUUAUUCACUUGCCACUUUGGUUAUUUUUGAGUUUUCAUACAUAGGAAGUUUUAUAUUGUCAGCCUUCCUGUGACAAAGAUAUUAAAUGUAACUUGAGUAAAAAAUAAAAAAGAACAAGUAACUAUGUAUAUACAUAUAUAAAUCACAUAUGGGCCUGUAUAUUGUGUGUGUAUAUACACAGUAAGUCCUCAUUUGUCCGUAGAUUCUUGGAAACUGCUACUUUAACAACUUGAAGUUGGUCUUGAAACAACUAUAACAAGACCAACUUUUUUUCUCAUCAACGUUGUAAUGAAAGGAAAUUGAAUGAAAUUACCUUGUGGAGGACCAGUUUGAAUACUUCAUUUGACUUAAAGUUGCUGUUUCCAAGAACCUACAGACCAUGUUAAGUGAGGACUUACUGUAUACACACACACACACACACACACACACACACACACACACACACACCUCUAUUAUUACUUUGCUGAAGACUAAUUUAAGUCUGUAACAAAACUGCCUUAUAAUUUUGAUUAUAUCAUUUACUGACAACCAAUGACUCUGAUGUUUCCAAUCUAUCAAUUUCCCAUCAUCAGUAAAAUAAACAAAAUAGGCAAAUCCAUGAUGGGGCAAAAAGAACAAUCACAAUUGACUUCUCCUGACCUUCAUUUUGUAGGUUUGAUGAUCACUGUCGCCCUGAAAAUUGAAAGGAAAAACAAAAGUAAACUCUUCUUAACAAUGAAAAUGAGGUAUGAAGGCAGGAUUUAUUAAAUGCUUCAAUUGCAUCUUCAUUGGAGCAUCUACAAAUUGACUGAUGCUUUCUCAGAUCUGCCUAAACCAUAGAAGCCAUGAUUGGUUAUUUGAACCCUUGUGUUGAGUGGAUAUCCCUUGAAGCAAUAAUGUGCCCAGAUUUUCAUGGUAAGUUUCUACAAUGGACAGAGGAGUUUGCAAUUUAAAAAUGAAGGCGGGACUUCUACAGAAGAGAACAUCAAACUGUUAUUGAUGGUAGGAAGCUUAAUUAUUCCUAAGAUAAAUAUGUUAAUUUUGCCAAAAUGUAUAAAGCUCUAGAAUGACUGAGGAGAUCAAUUCAGUGAAACUGUACCACAAAAGUGUACUUUUAGCACGCAAUUCCCAACCAGACUGAAACCUCAUCUUGGCUGCUUAUAGUCAUGGAAUCCUGGGCAAGUCAGGUACAUCUAUUUGAGCCUCAAUUUCUUCAUUUGAAAAAAAGAGAUUUCACCACCCUCUUCAACUAUCUCAUAGAGUUUUGGUAAAGAUCAAGUCAGAUAAUAUAUGUAAAAGUAUUUGUAAAGACCUUCUGUUAUUAUUAUUUUGCAAUUAAGCAGGAUUCUUCUUUAAAAUUGUCUCAAGAGCCCAGAUUUUCUCUAUAUUAUAUGGCUAUAUAUUUGGAGGCUCUAAACCCAAUAUUUAACUAAAUUUUCUGUUAAAAAAAGAUUUAUGGUGGCUCAUGCCUGUAAUCCCAGCACUUUGGGAGGCCCAAAGUGGGUAGAUCACAAGGUCAGGAGAUCGAGACCAUCCUGGCUAACACGGUGAAACCCCAUCUGUAAUAAAAUACAAAAAAAAUUAGCCGGGCAUGGUAGUGCACACCUAUAGUCCCAGCCAUUUGGGAGGCUGAGGCAGGAGAAUGGCGUGAACCCAGGAGGCAGAGCUUGCAGUGAGCUGAGAUGGCGCCACUGCACUACAGCCUGGGCGAAACAGCAAGACUCUGUAAAAAAAAAAAAAAAAAAGAUUAAACAGAAGUAUUAAUUAAAAUAGUCAAAAGAGAUUUUCUUAUUUCUGGCACUAUGUGUGUGUAGGAUUAGUUCUGGUUUGAUUGUAACACUGACUAGUCUUGUCCUGUUUGAAAACAGGCCUGCAAGAUUAAGAAACCAAAUGGGUAAAAUGUAAAUGAGGUUAGAGAAAAAUCCAUAUAUUGGGUAUACAUAAAUGGGAUAAAACAUAAAUAUAUUCAAAAGGUUGGCUCCUAAAAGAAUUUAUUAGUUUACACAGGGAGACAGGAGGAAAACAAACAUUACUUUUUAAAAUAAAAAGCAUUUACUCGAUAACUGGAAUGUAUUUUACAACUAUUGAAGGUGGGUAAGUAUAGGAAACUUCUUGGCAUUUAAGGCUUAAUCAGGAAAUGGCUUCCUCCUGGCUGCAUCCAAAACCUGCAGGCCUAAGUCUAGAGAGCACUCAGACCUCAAACAAAAAUGAUUACUUUAUCUUGUCUUUUAAAAAUGUUGCUAGCAUAUCACGUUGCAAUUCAUACCCAUUCAGAAUCUAAGUGACAUGCAGUUUAUCCACAGGAGCAUGAAGAAAGAAUUACUUGGAGUAUUCUACAAGGCAACUGGCCUGAACACUUCAAAAAUAAAAUAUCACGAACAGAAAAAGGAGGGAAAGGGCAAUUUUGGAUCAAAAAAGAUCGAAUGAAACACAACAGUGAAAUGCAAUGUUACAAACCUUGAUUGGAUUCUGGGUCAAAUUUUGAAGAAAGCAGUGGCUCACGCCUAUAGUACCAGUGCUUUGAGAGGCUGAGGCAGGAAGACUACUUAAACACAGGAGUUCGAGGCUGCAGCGAGCUAUGAUUGUGCCACUGCACUCCAGCCUGGGCAACAGAGCGAGACACUGUCUAGAUUAAAAAAAAAAAAAAAAAAAAAGUAAAGCAGGCAUUUGGGGGACAACUGGAAAGAUUUAAAUAUGGAGUAUAGGCCAGGUGUGGUGGCUCAUGCUUGUAAUCCCAGCACUUUGGGAGGCCGAGGUAGGCAGAUCACUUGAAGUCAGGAGUUCGAGACCAGCCUGGCCAACAUGAUGAAACCCCUAAAAAAAAUGCUAAAAAUACAAAAAGUAGCUGAGCGUGGUGAUGCAUGACUGUAAUCCCAGCUACUUGGGAGGCUGAGGGAGGAGAAUCACUUGAACCAGGGAGGUGGAGGUUGCAGGGAGCCAAAGAUGGCACCACUGUACUUCAGCCUGGGUGACGGAGUGAGACUCUGUCUCAAAAUAAAUAAAUAAAUAAAUAAAUAAAUAAAUAAAUAAAUAAGGAGUAUAUAUUAGUUGAUGUAUUGAAUGAAUGUUAAUUCACUUCUUCAGUGUGGUAACAAUUUUAUGGUUAUGUAGGAGAAUCUCUCUUUUUAGGAGAAGUAGCUAGGGAUAAAAUAUCAAUAUCUGCAACUUUCAAAGGGUCAAAAUUUUAAAAAAGUUUCUAUUUGUGCAGAAAGAUAAAAAGAAAUGUGGGAAAAUACCAAAAUGUUGACUCUAGGUAAAGGGUAUGUGGAUGUUCAUUGUACUAUUUUUUAAACUUUUAUAAAGGUUUGUGAUUUUUUAAAAAGUUGGGGGAAAAUAAAUC